AUGGUUUACUCGUUUGUCAUUCAAUUUUUAAAAUAUAAAAAGUUAUCAGUGGGUCUCUUAAAUCCGGGAUCUCUUGGCACAAAACACGAAGAAUUCUUAGUAGCUUUAGAUCAUCAUGAUGUGGACAUUCUGGCCAUCAACGAGACCUGGCUGAGAGCUGGUGAGGAGGGCCGCGCGCCUGCACCCCCAGGCUACCGUCUGCGGCAUGUGCCGCGCCCGUCGACUGUUCGUUCUCGCGGUGGUGGCGUGGGGUUUUACAUCAAAAAUGGUAUUAACGCGCGGAUGAUACAUCACCCUUCCCCAUUAUCUGUGGAACAAAUGUGGCUAGGCCUUAAUUUAAGCGGCAUCAAACUGGCGAUUGGCACGGCAUACCGCCCGCCGUGGCUAAACAUUGAUACUUUUAUAGAUGCUUUAAGUGAAUCUAUCUCGUCUCUUGGGAAAUAUGAUAAAAUACUAUUAUUGGGGGACUUUAACAUUAAUAUUUUAAAUACUCAAGAUGUACAAACGAAAAAACUCCUAGAUUUUUUGAGUUAUAUGAAUCUGAAUCAGUAUGUAAAUCAACCAACUCAUUUUACAGAGCAUAGUGAAACACUUAUAGAUGUCGUAUGCUCUGAUUUCCUAAUUUCUCAAUUAUCAGUAAACCAUAUACCAGAUCUUAGUAGUCACGCUUUAAUCACUUUCAAAUUAAAUAUUAAAAAAGACAAACCGCCUCCUAAAUGGAUCAUAUACAGGCCUCUGAAAGAUAUAAAUUUUGAACUGUUUAAUGAUGAUCUGAACUCUAUUUCAUGGAACGAUUUUGAAUCGGACGAUGUAAAUGUUAUGUUGAGGUUCUUUAAUGAUAAAAUUACACAGUUAUUUAAUAGGCAUGCUCCAGUUAAACGAAUCUACAUAAAAAAUCAUUCACAUCCAUGGAUAACAUACACAAUUAAAGAAAUGAUGAAGUUGCGAGAUAAGGCUCAUGCUAGGAGUAAAUCAACAAAUUUGGAAAUUCAUAAAAAAUAUUACCGAGAGUUAAAGGCUAUCGUAAAGUCAGCAAUUCACAGUGAAAAGACGGCGUACUUUAACAAAUACAUACAUUCAUGCUCAAAUGAUCCCCAAACUUUAUGGAAACAUAUAAAAAGAGAUGUUGUAGACUUUAAGAAGAAAGAGUUCAUAUUACCCUCGCACUUAAAUAACCCUGACACAAUUAAUCAAACGUUUUUGAAUAUACCCGGAAAUAAUGACACCGACACUUCUCUGCUAAAUGACCUUAAAUCUAGUAAAUAUAGUACGGCCUUGUUUUCGCUUAAACCUGUGACGGAGGCGGAAGUGAGUAGCAUUAUUAAAACUAUAAAAACAAAUGCGCAAGGAGUUGACGGUAUUACAAGGAAUAUGAUCAUGCUCACUUUGCCACGUACCUUGUCAGCCAUCACCGCCAUAGUUAAUAACUCUAUCAAAACUGGCGUGUUUCCGGAACAGUGGAAAAUAGCUAUCGUGCGGCCUAUACCUAAAACCAGACACCCCGACGAGCACAAAGAUCUGCGCCCCAUCAGUAUUCUCCCGUUUAUAUCCAAGAUUGUCGAAAGGGCCAUUUGUAUGCAAAUGACCGAAUUCCUAGAAAGUAAUAAAGUACUACCAGAAAAACAGUCAGGCUUUAGAAAACGUCGCAGCACUUCAACAGCGCUCCUGGAUGUUGUGGAUGACAUACUGGCAGCGCAAGACAUUGGAGAAAGUACUAUUCUGGUUCCAAAAGUGGUAUCGCGGCAGUUUCUGCCAAAAGUCCACGUGUCUCUAUGA